UUAUUAAAUUUGGUAUUGUUAGAAAGGUCGACUUGAAUUUGUGUCUUUUCGUGGUUUAAACUUUUUUUUAUUGCCAAGUAUCGAGAUAAAUAAAUUUAUCUAUAUCAUUCGAAUUCCUUUUAAAUUACGCGGGAAAAAAGACGAUCGUAUUUAUUUUCUUUAAAUAAAUUAAUAUUUUAAUUUUUCUGUCACUGAAUAUGACUGAAUAUAUAUAACUAUUAUAUAUAUAAUUAAGAGAAAAUAAAAAAAAUUUAGUCUGCCACGUCUUCUAUGAUAAUAAAAAUUAAACAAAUUUAAUUUGGUAUCAGUGAAAAAAAAUAUAUUAGAUGACUAAUAAAAAAAAAUUUGACCGUGUGUAGAUUUUUUUUGAAGAAUCCCAUGAUUAUACAAUCAUCGAAAUCAAUAAGUUUGCGAGUUAAUGAUGAGAUUUGUCAUAUUAAAUUUCAAUAAUAAUAUAAAUAAACAAAAGGUUCUACAGUUAAUUUUAGAGCAGAGAUUGUAAUAAACAGUUCAAUUCAAAUCACAUUUAAUAAAUUUGGUAGUAAUACUCGGGAAGUCACGUAGUGACUGUAGCUUGCUCGUAACUGAUAUAAAAAGUUAAUUAUUAAUUAAAUGCAGCUCAAAACGGUUGGUUAUAUUUUAUAAUCCCUAAAUAACGAGUACAAUAUAUAUGUAAAAAUCCUAUCAUUAGUAAAAACAAUGAUACGGGAGGUCUUUUCUACUCGUAAUAUCUUUUACGAAAUAAUUUUUAUCACAAAGGAAAAGUUUUUUAAUGAUUUUGUUUUAAUUACACAUAUGUGACAAUUUAUCAUCCAAUGGAAAAAUGCUGGAUCAGAUGUUUAUAGCGAAAGAGGUCAUUUUAAAUAAUUUAUUUAAAAUUAUACAUAAGUGCUUAUAUAAUUUUAUUUUGUUUAUUUAUUUUUAUUUGGCAUCAGAAGGGUGAGAAAUUAAGAACCUAAAUUAUUUUAUCAAAUUAAUUAAAAUUAUUUUUAUUCCGUUCUUUAAAUUUUACGCAAAGACAAUAAGUUGGAUUGAAAAAUAUUAAUUUUAUUUUUCAAAAAUUUGUUUAGCGGUAAAAAUUUGUGGUUGUUAAAAUAUCCGCUCCUUGAAAAUCGUAAUGCGCAGCUUCAUACUCACCCUCUGUACUCGUUCUCUCGUAUAUAAUAGAUAUAAAUGUUAUAUAUUUGUGGCAGUUUCAAUUUAAACGACGCGCUUGAAGUACUGGAGUGUAUAUAAUUAUUAAAAAAUGGGUAUAAAUAUUUUUGAAGGCCAAAAUAGUAACAUUAUUUAUGCAAUAAUAACAGUGAUACUAGGAAUUAUUGGAUUUUUUGGAAUAAUAUUAAAUUUUUUUGUUAUUCUUGUUGUCAUGAAAGACUCAAAAUCACUUCAGUCUCCCAUAAACAUAACAUUAAUAAAUCUCGCAUUCGGGGAUUUUUUAGUUGGUCUUUUCGGAGAUCCUUUCGCAUUAGUAUCGGCUUAUAAUCGCGGAUGGUACUGGAGUCAUGGGACUUGUAUAUGGUAUGCAUGGUUUAUGUGUACCGUCGGUCUAUCUAGCAUCGGCAACUUGACAAUAAUGUCAAUUGAGAGAUGGCUUAUGAUUGUCAAGCCAAUGUGGUCGUUAACAAUUAGAUCAUCAAUAAUCCUAUCUGUUGGAGCAUGGAUUUAUGCAUUAAUUUUGAGUUUACCGCCUCUUAUUGGAUGGGGUAAAUACGGUUUUGAAGCUGCCAAUAUAUCGUGCAGUGUUUUAUGGGAAGUUCAUGAUCCAUCAACACAUAUGGACUCUUAUAUCGCAUUUCUUUUCUUCUUUGGAUUUGUUGUACCCGUUAUUAUUAUUAUAUCUGCAUAUACUGGUAUCAUCAACACGUUGAAAAGAGUUAAAAAACAAGCAAGCGGAGCGGUUGGAAAAAGGGAAAGAAAAGUCACUAUUAUGGUUGCACUUAUGGUUAUUGCUUUUCUGAUUGCUUGGACACCGUACGCAACAUUUUCAUUAGCUGCGCAAUAUUUUUCUUAUCAAUUAACUGGAUUAAUAGCAGCCAUACCGAGUCUUUUGGCAAAAUCAUCAAUUUGCUAUAAUCCGAUUAUAUAUGCAGGUUUGAAUCCCCAGUUUCGUAAGUCUAUUAAAAAAAUGUUCGGAUUGAAAGGUAAUCAACAAACAACGGCCAGAACCAGAAAAUCAAGCACUAUCCAAGUACACAUGACAACUAACUUUUAAAAGUUUAAAAAUUUAUAAUUACUCUUAUAAUAAAUUCACAAUUCUCUAAUUAUUGUUUUAUAUUAUAAAAUUUAUUGUACUAUUUUUCUACGACUGUAAAACUCAAUUUGAAUCAUACAUUUAUUCAUAUACAUAUUUACGAUGUGAAAAUUAUUGAUAAGAUAUUUUUAUUCAAAUCAUGUAGUUGUCGUGUAUCUUGCAUCAUUCCAGUCUAAAGGGAAAGUACAAAAAAAAAAAAUUGCAUCAAUUAAAUUAGCAUAUUACUAAAGCUUAUUAGCUGACAAUAUAAUUUGACAUUAUUGUCAUGUUGAUAUGCCAACACCUGUAAGCCAAUAAAGUAUAUAUUUUUAUUUAUAAAAUCAAUACAAUUUUCCACAGUUUAAAUAUUUUAAAUAAUUAUUAUUUUUAUCACUCAUUUAAAAAAAAAUUAUUUUUUUUAUUUUGCGUAAUAACUUCUAAUUAAAAUGGGAACAAAGUAUAAAGGUGGUUGACCUCUAUUUCACGACAUUCCUAGUUUCCAUCUCUUGUCCGCAAUUUCACUUGACUUGAUUCUUAAUAAAUAUAUUUAUAUAUAUAUAUAUAUAUAUAUACAUACAUACAUAUAGAACUUGUAUAUUUGUGUAUAUAACAUAUCCUAUCGUUAGGUCCUGUAAAUAAAUAAUUUAUUGCAUGUAAACACUUAAACGUCAAUGAUUUAAAAUAAUUUACACAACUAAAUAUCGAAAUGUAGACAUAUAAAAAUACUAUUGCAUACAUAGCGACAAGUAUUAUGUCCGCUUGUUGGUACGCAAUGUAAUAAAUAAAAUCAAUUCAUGUUCAGUUUACAUGAUAAACAUAACUAAUUAACGAAAUAAAUUUUUUUUAUUUAGAUGGGACCAUGAUUGAAGAUUAAACUCUCUCAUAUAUUUGUAUACUUUGUAUCAAUAUCCCUUUCUCUCAUAAUUUCUUCUUUCACUUUGAUCCCCACUUUAUUUUUAAGUUCCAUACCUUGAUGUACCUCUCGUUUUUAUUUAUGUUCUAUAUCUAUAUUUACUUUUACUCUUUCACCUGUUUGUUUAUUGAAAAUAUUUUUUGUUUUUCAUUUUUUAAUACACGAAAUUUUUUAGUUAUAUUUUACUGUAGUUAAUAAACGUGUGUAAUAGUAAUUGAUUUAAACCUGUGGUUAAGUAGUAGAUUGAGUUUUUUCUUCUUUUAUUUUAUUUUUUUUUUUUUAAAUAAAUAUAAGUCAGUAGGUGGGAGACGUUAAAAUUCUUGUUCUUUCUCUUUCUAACUCUCUUAAAGUAUCCAUCAAUGAUUUUAACUUGGCGGUAUACCUGGUCAGUCAAACUUUCACGCUCAGUGUGAAUAUUACUAAGUCGUUUUCACGCUAUCGUUUUCUCGUUACUUUAUUGUAUAAAAAGUUAUAAUAAAAUAAAAUAAAAAAUAAAAUUUACCGUGCAAAUAAUAUAUGAAUAAAUGUAUUUUAAUUGUUACUAAAUAUAUAAAUAAUUGUUAAAAAAUUUAUAUUAGUAAAAAUGAUUAUUGUAAAAUAAUAAAUAGUCAACUAAAUU